AUGUUGAACCCCGGCGUACAGAUUAUCAACGGCCAGAAGACCUUUAUCCCCCUAGAGAAUAACCCAGAAAUCCACUCGCAUCUAUGUAAGAACCUCGGAGUAUCCCCGGCCCUCACUUUCCAUGAUAUCCUCUCUACAACACCAGAGAUGCUAUCUUGCAUCCCUCGUCCAGUCAAUGCUCUCAUUCUCCUUUGCGACAAGCCCAUCUACAGCGCAACCCGCUCUCGCGUGGAACCCACCAUCCCAGAGUAUGACAGAAGCGGGCCCGGCGAGCCGGCCAUGUGGAUGAAGCAGACGAUUGGGCAUGCGUGUGGGAUGAUGGCACUGCUGCAUGUGGUUAUCAAUCUAGAAAAUGGCAAAUAUAUCACGGCUGGAUCGGAGCUCGAGGCACUCGUGAAGCAAGCGAUUGCCCUGACACCGAAGAAGAGGUCGCAACUCUUGUAUGAUUCGAAAUUCCUGGAAGAAGCGCAUAUGGAUGCAGCAUCGCAAGGCUGCUCGAUUGUGCCGCUGCCUGAAGAGGAUUGUCCAUUCCAUUUUAUUGCUUUUGUCAAGAAAGAUGGCAAGGUUUGGGAGUUAAAUGGUGGGAUGAACGGUCCAUUGCUACAUGGAGAACUAGCGGGAGACUUGCUUGGCGGCGACGGACUGGAUAUGACAGUAAGGGAGUUUUUAUAUGCCGCCGACAAGGAAGUUCAUCGAGGGAUGAGCAUCGUUGCGAAACUUCUCGAGAAAGAUGCACCUUUCAACAUUCUUGCCGUGACUCGCGACGCCAAUUCACCCUCAGCAAAGAAACUCGCCCAGAAAUCCCCCAAAAUCACACUGAUCCAGGGGGACCUCAACCACCCUGCUGUCAUAUUUGAGGAGGUAAGGCGUCAAACUUCAAUGCCAGUUUGGGGCGUGUUUAGCGUCCAAUCCGCAAAUCACCGAAACGACGACGAAAGACGCCAGGGGAUCACUCUGAUAGACGAAUCCAUAAAGCAAGGCGUUAAGCUCUUCGUAUACAGUUCCGUCGACCGCGGUGGCGAGGAUUCCGACCGCAACCCAACUCCAGUCCCGCACUUCAUCUCCAAGUACGAGAUCGAGAAGCAUCUCAAGGAGAAAUCAAAAGGAACUGAUAUGGAAUGGACAAUACUCCGACCCGUUGCCUUCUUCGAGAACCUAACACCAGAGUACUUCGGGAAGGUAUUCGCGACCGCAUGGCAGAUGUCUCUCAAGGGCAAGCCAUUGCAGCUGGUUGCAACUAGUGAUAUUGGAUUUUUUGCCGCGGCAGCAUUCGUGAAUCCCGAGGCCUCGAAAAAUCAUGCGUUUUCCAUAGCUGGGGAUGAGCUGACGUUUGAUAGCAUGGCAGAGAUCUUCAAAGAUUUGACCGGCAAGGAUGUACCCACCACUUUCAGGCUUCCGGUCUGGUUGAUGUUGGCCGGUGUCAAAGAGCUGGGUGCCAUGUUUAAAUGGUUUCACGAUGUGGGAUACGGUGCAGAUAUUCCGGUGCUGAAAAGACUGAACCCGGAGUUGAAGACCUUUGGAGAUUGGCUGAAGGAGGAUAGUCGAUUUCGAACACUCGAGGAUUGA